AUUAACUCCACCGCGGCGCACCUAACCUUAAAUAAAUACCGUUUAUAUUCAACAAAUUCAACGAUAAACGAGCGUGGAAAAUGAAUUAUGGUACCAAAAACGGGCGUUCGUUCGUACGUGGGCGCGCUAACUAAUCGCAGCCAUCGAAUUAGCGCAAAAAUCGAGGCGGCCUUGUAAAUUUCCGUUCGCGCGAUCCCGUUCGUUCAGUCAUCUGGCGAAAAACAAUUCAAAACACUGCGAAGCAAAAAAUGCCAUCCAUCGAAAAAUUAGAAACCGGUGGGAGCAGCGAACAGAGAUAAGAUAACCGGCAAUUUCGAUCCGAGAUAUUUAUUUACAAGUCGCCGACGAUGAGUGAAUCCCAAGCGCAAAUGGAGCCGCUGCAACCAGACGAAACGAAGUUCACCAUACGCAAGAAAGUGUGGGCCCACAUGAGCAAGAACAAGCUGGCCGUGUUCCCGAAGCCCUACGGGCGCAUCCCGAACUUCCAGGGCGCCGAGGAGGCGGCGGCCCGGCUGCUCGACUUGGGCCCCUUUCGCGACGCCAAGGCGAUCGAAGUCAACCCCGACAAGCCGCUGGCGCCCGCCCGGGCGCUCGUGCUGGCCCAGCACAAGGAGCUGUACGUGCCCUUUCCCCGCCUGCAGGAGUGCCUCAUGAAGAAGCUACAGAUGGACGAGAAGCUCGACGUUAAAAUGGUGGUGUCCAGAUGGGGAAUCGAGCACACCGGUACAAAGAUCGAUAUGAAGGAGGAGGGCAUCGCGAUCGAUUUGCUGGUGCUGGGCAGCGUGGCCGUUUCGAAAGAUGGCCGCCGGAUCGGCAAGGGCGCCGGUUUCGCCGAUUUGGAGUUCGGCAUUUUCAAGGAACUGAAAGCCAUUACCGACGAGACCGUCGUUGUUACGAUAGUCCACGAUUCGCAGGUGUUCGACGAACUGCCGGCCAAAUUGUUCCAAAAAUACGACGUGCCCGUCGACUACAUACUGACCCCUACUCGCACUAUAAAGGUGGAGGAAAAGCUACCGAGGCCGGAGGGCAUCUUUUGGCACGAGCUGACCAAGGGCCAGCUGAAGGGCAGGAAGGUUUUGCUGGAAUUGAGAGAGAAACACGAGAAGGAAGGACGAGAUGUCACGUUGAAAGUACCGAAUCCUGACGAUCCGCCCAAUCGUUUUCCAUUGUUUAGGCGCCGGUUCGAUUUCAAGAGGCGCCAGAACAGGAGUUAUUACCAGAACAGGACCAUGAAGGAUCAGAUUCAAAACGACAACGGCCAAAAAGACGGUGCUCUUCGUCGCGUUGUAAAAUUCAAGGAUUCCAAGAGCGACAAUACUCAAGAAAAUUUGGAAAACAUUCCGCCGCAAAAUAAGAUUAAGAAGAAGAAAAAGAAGCCGCACAUCGACUAUUCCUUGAGAGUCAGCAAUAUCCAGAAAAACGUCAGAGUUCGAGACUUUAAAAUGGCCCUGCGAGAGAAGGGCAUCAAGCCGAACAACAUAACGUGGAAGGGCAGCAGGGGAUAUUGCUAUUUGCAUUACGCGAAGACCAAUCAAAAGGUGGAGAAGGACUCGGAGGCGAUCAACGGCGUGAUCGAGAUGAUACAGGAUUUGAAAAUCAAUUCGAACGUCGAGAAGAAUUUGAACGUGAAGGUGAUGGAGCCGAUUACGAGAAUCGAGACCGUCGACGUUACCGCCGUUUAGUUUCGUGGUGAUCGGGUGAAGCAUUUGACUGUAUUAGAAUUUAGGUUUGUGUUUGGUUUUUUUUUUUGAAUUUUGUAUUAUUUUUUUUUUGUUUGACCUUCCGGUUAGUACAAAGUGCUGUUGAAGUUCCUUAAAGUGCCAAUACUGUUGGUAAAUUGAUGUGAUGUUUCAUACUUUUCCAUUUGGAUUUUUAUAUUUAUUACCGUAUAAUAUUACUCGCCCUAGAAGUAUUCCUUAUUCGUUAACGAAGCAAGCUUUAAGUAUGUAGUUGUAGAGUUUUUUUUGAAAUAUUUAACGAUUAAUAUAUUAUAAUGUAUAGAAUAUGAAAUUAUUCUAUUUUUCUUGAUGUAGAUUUAACAAUGUUCAAAUUAUUUUCUUAAUAAAUGGAAGUUUGUUA